AUGCCAAACCUGGCUCCAGGAGCCCUGCUGCAGAUGAAAGCCUCUACGCAGGCGCCGACCGGGUUCAGCCUGGGUGCCCCGCAGGCAACGUCGCAGGCCUCUACGGGGUUCAGCCUGGGCGCCCCGCAGGCAGCGGCGACGCCUUUCGUCGGCUUGGGCGGCAAGCAGCUGCAGCUGGGACCUGGCGGGACCGUUGUGUCGACAGGCGGCCUGUCGACCAACUUCGGCAAGGCGGACGGCAAAUCGGCCAAGGAAACACCCGUGCCCGACGAGGUCGCCCAGACGGUGGCCGCCUUUCAGAAGCACGUACAGGAGCAGAAGUCCGAGUACGAGCAGAUCUCUCGCCACUCGUGGGCUCCCGUGCAGCGCGUGCGCGAGGAGACGGGUGCGCUCCGCCAGCUGCUGGCCGCUGUCGAGGCGUCCGUGCAGCGGCACGCCACGGCCGUUUCCAAACACAAACACGACGUGGGCGAGGCGCUCAAGAGCGCCGAGGUGGCGCAGCGCACGUCCGAGAUCUCGCCAGGCCUACAGUACGAGAACUUGGCGCCACAGGAGCUGUUCGAGCGGCUGGUGCAGCAGUACGAGGCGUCCAUGGUUACCUACAAGCGCCAGAUCGACCAGCUGGAGCGGUUGCUCGCGGCUUCGGACGGCGCCAGCUUCGUUUCGCCGGAGGAGCUGAUGAGCGCCAUACGACAGCUGCACGAGACGUUCGUGUGGCUGGCUGGACACCUACAGACGGUGCAUGAGAAGGUGCAGGUGCUCAAGGACCACUACCUGGCCUACCGCCGCAGCAUGGGCGGUGAUAUAGCGGACGUGUUUGGUGGUGACCGUGGGAAGGCGGCGCCACCGCCACCGCCACCACAGCCCCAGCCCGGACCGUCACCGUUCGCCCUCUACUGGGUUCGGCGCCAGCGGCUCGCUCUUUGGCUCAACGCCGGCUUUCGGGCUCAAACUUGA